AUGCUGGUGUGCGUGCAGGCUGUAAAUAUUGCAGCUCAAAUUAGGUGCCUUGAAUGGGGCCUGAGCCCCUUGGCAUCCCAGAUGGUUUGGCGGCUUCUUGUGGUGCUGGCUGCCAUUGGUGUCCUGGUUGCCGAUUUUGUCUGGAAAGCUUCCCAAUGGAACGUCAGAAACCACGACUAUGAGCCUUUGGCAGUCGUGUCAGGUGGAGAGACCGACACCGAAAAGGGCAACACAGAGCAAAAUGUGGAGCAUUUGCUCCUCCGUGGGCCCCCACAGCUCCUUUGCAUUAUCACUACGCUCUGGCUCUUGGUGCUGCUGUAUUGUGAAACGAUGACUUGGCAGCGCCUGGUGGCUAGCCUCCCAGGGUACAUCUUUGCCACCUACUUGGCUUUGGUCGUUGAGUGGAAGCAGGAGACAAAGGAUGGUUGGAAUUGGGAGAAGUGGCGGGACAGGAACCGGCACCUGACUGUGAUCAUCACAAUGGCCAUUCUGCUCUUCUUGUGGCUCAUGGUCCCCUUCAUCGAGAUGCCUUGGUACCUUGUGUCAGGGGAUCGAUGUUAUUCUGCACGGCUUUGCAGUCCGCUUAGCAAUGGCAAACGAAGACGAAGAGGGCGAAGCCCUUGGCAUCAAGACGAAGACGAAGAUCAAACUCAUCAAAAAGGAGCAAGUCCCUGGUUUCGUUGCUUGCCUUUGCUGGUCUCUCCGUCGCUUGGAUCGGUGGCUUAG